GUGUUAAACAAGGAAUUUCCUUUUUGGAAGACUUCAAGCUUGGUCAUUACAUGAAGAUUCCUCCUAGAGCAAUGUUCACGGCACAGGGUAAAUAAAACCGAAAAAUCGCCACUUACCACUUCUCACUGAGAGAAGCAAAAGCUGCCAUGGAAAACAGAAGGAACGAGAAAGCAUCCUCUCUGAGAUGGAAAAUCCUUCGUCGCGCGCUUCUCUCACGCUCCUCUCCACCAGACCCAGACGAGCAAUCUCAAAUGAUUAUUAAUCGCAUUUCAAGAAGAACCACUCAUGGAUUCAACUUGAUACCAUCUCAUGUAAUCGACGACGAGCUUGGCUCUAACAAACAUGAUGGUUCUUCCGCCAGAGACGCUCGCGUUUGUUACACUUUACCCAUCCCUGGCGCUCCUCAACUAUUUUUGACACAAAGAGUGGACAACUGUGCUGACCUCAGUGAUUUUGAGAUAUGUAACAGAUAUAACAUUGACAACACUGGGCUUGUUUGUAAUUGGCCAUCGGAAGAUGUCCUUGCUCACUAUUGCUUGUCACAUGCAGAUAUAUUCAGGUCUAAAAAAGUUAUCGAGCUUGGUUCUGGUUAUGGCUUGGCUGGAUUUGUUAUUGCAGCUGCUACGGAGGCAUCAGAGGUUGUAAUCUCAGAUGGAAAUCCACAAGUAGUUGAUUAUACUCAGCGCAACAUUGAAGCCAACUCUGGAGCAUUUGGGGAUACAGUUGUGAAGUCUAUGGCACUUCACUGGAAUCAGGAAGAUACUUCUAAUGUUGCAGACGCAUUUGAUAUCGUUAUUGCAAGUGAUUGCACUUUCUUUAAAGAUUUCCACAGAAACCUUGCUUGUAUAGUCAAACAUUUAUUAUCAAAAGCAGGAUCUUCUGAGGCUAUAUUUUUAAGUCCAAAAAGAGGCAACUCACUCAACCUGUUCUUGGAGGUGGUUAAGGAAAAUGGUUUGCAUUUCAGUGUAACGGAGAACUAUGAUAGAGAAGUCUGGAAACGCCACGAGGGAUUCUUGAAUGAAGAUAGGAACUCUUGGCCCAGUUAUGAGAAAGGUCACAGCUAUCCACUCUUAAUCAGAAUAACCCUUUGAACUUUCUUUCAUAUAUUCUUCUGGGGCCGCUUUCUAUUGUUGAUUGACUCUUGUAAGACAAAGUUCAAAUCUAUUCCAAGGCAGGAAUUGUCCUAAUACAGACACUAACCGAUUGCAUGCUAUCAUUGCGUAAUAUAUUAUUUUGUUGGGGU